AUGCCGCAGCAGAGCAAUUCGGACUCGAGGUUCUCGUUGCGACUGAGUUGCUGCAGGCUGCAGGCUGCAGGCUGCGAUAAUUGCUGGAGGCGCGCAAAGGAUCGCACGUGUACUGGCUGUACUGUAAUAUCGUCUCUGUGUCACGGCGGGUUGCGGGCGGCAAUGCGACGACGGUGUCACGUCAAUUGCGUUGUCGAGAGGGAAGGUGGAUGUCGCGGAGGUCGAAACGAUGUUGUGAAUAGCUUCAGCUGGCAGAUGUCAAAUGUCGUAGCCUCAACGGUAUCGCAUGUGCUUGGAGCUGUCGGCGGUGCUGUGGGUGCGGGUAGCAAGGAUAUGGGUUGCGCGCCCGUUGCUGGAGAUCCUGGUGAAAGAAGGCAGAUGGAAGCUGUCGAAAGCUUGAUUGGGGAUGGCGGAGGGGACUGGGCGGGGGGUUUGGUUUGGGGCCUGGCAGCAGUGGGCAGGUGGCUGGAGCAGCAAGGGGUCACGGAGGGAGGCACGAGAGUGGUGGUGUUUCCUGCUGGCUGGGCUGGCGGGUGCUGGGAGCUGGGUCUGGGAGCUGCUUGCUGGGUGCAGUGCUGCACACACGAUUUGAAGUGA